GGAGGGCGGAAUUUCUGCAUUCUCACUGCAAAGUAGAUAUGUUCCAUCCAGAGUUAAAGCAGAGCCAGCCUGGGCUUAAGACAUUGAAAACCCACGUCAGAAGUUUUUUCUGUAUGUCUGGUUGGGGUGAAGGUUAAAACCUGCAUAAGAGCCCAGGUUAACCAUGCAAUUGAAGACAUGCCCCCCCUGAUAUCUGAUUCCAGGAUUCUUGAUAAGAGUAGGUCAUGUGGUAGGUUAGAGGGGCAGUGAUUCUUAGAACUGAUAACCUCUCCUACCUUGUUCUCACUUCAUUGGUCCAUGAUACCAGAACAAAUGGUGGUUGUACCAUGCCUAGAAACAUUGGUUACACUGCUUGGUGCCUCAUCAUCAGCCUUUUAUUUCAGUCCGUUAUUUUUUUUUGAUAUUCUGCCUGAAAGCCUUUGUUUCAUUUUUGCUAGUGUUUGAGUAGUACAUGGAAUAGUUUUGUGUGGGCCUCAGUCCUCUGAAGUGAGGGGCUGGGUAGUACAGGCUCUGCCACUUUGCCCUACUCCCCCAAAUUCCCCUCCCCCCAACUAUUUAGCCUUUCCUUAAGAGGCCAAUUGCCAGUCUCCAACUUCUACAGCGUGUAUGUCUGUCCUAUAUCCUUCUAGAUCUAUGACAAAACAUACACAGUGGCUCCCAAUGCACUGCUUCAGCAACAUUGAAUCUUGCAGUGUGUUGUCAUCCUGGAACAGUACAAUAUACAGUGAUGCUGAAAGCUAUGAUGUCAUACAAUGAACGGUAACACCUUCAUAGGAAACCUCUAUUACAGCAAAUGCCCUCCAUGGUCCUUGGAUUUUCUUUUCUGCCUGAAGAACAGGGGAAGAAAACUAACACAGUAUAAGGGAUUAGAAUACAAAUCUAUUGGGUUGUUUUGCUUACUGUGGAAUGAAAUUCCAUUUGGCAUCUCUUAAAAUAACAAACACCCCAGCUGAGUAUCCUAUUGUCUGUAUAGCUUGCUUGAGCUGGGGAACAGAGUUCUGGUAAUAUACAUAAACCAUUCAAGCUUUACAUUAUCAAUAUAAGUGAGAGCACAGCAUUAUUGAAAAUACUGGGUCUGUAGUAUACCUGGAGGGUAGUUCAGUCCUGAUGUGUUACUAGGGGGAACUUAAGGAUUCUGGAUUCUAUUCUCUGCACUGCAGCCAACUUCUUUCUAGGCAACUGGGGAUUUGGGCUGAGACUUUAAUUGGUGGUUGCUGCAUGUGACCAAAGUCCCUAUUCUCUUAUAUGGGCACAAAAAUAUUCUCUGUGCCACAGUAAGUAACUAGGUCUUGCUUCACUUUAAAGUUAAGCUUUGUGGGUGACCAUGAACGCUAGUGGCCCUGGAUAUCCAUUAGCUUCUUUGUAUGUGGGAGAUCUUCACCCAGAUGUGACCGAAGCCAUGCUGUAUGAGAAGUUCUCACCUGCUGGACCAAUCAUGUCCAUCAGAGUUUGUCGGGAUGUUGCCACACGUCGAUCGCUCGGUUAUGCCUACAUAAAUUUUCAGCAGCCCGCUGAUGCUGAGAGGGCCUUGGACACCAUGAAUUUUGAAGUGAUCAAAGGUCGGCCCAUUCGAAUCAUGUGGUCCCAGCGAGACCCUGGCCUCAGGAAAUCAGGGGUUGGGAAUGUCUUCAUCAAGAAUCUGGACGACUCCAUUGACAACAAAGCCUUGUAUGAUACGUUCUCAGCCUUUGGGAAUAUCCUUUCUUGCAAGGUGGUUUGUGAUGAGAACGGAUCCCGUGGCUAUGGCUUCGUUCACUUUGAGACUCAUGAGGCAGCAAAUCGGGCCAUUGACACCAUGAACGGGAUGCUGCUCAAUGACCGCAAGGUCUUUGUCGGCCAUUUUAAAUCCCGUAGAGAGCGGGAGGCAGAAUUUGGGGCCCGGGCGAUGGAAUUCACCAAUGUCUAUAUCAAGAACUUUGGGGAUGAUAUGGAUGAUGACAGACUGCGGGAAAUAUUCUCCAAGUUUGGGAAGACACUGAGUGUCAGAGUUAUGAUGGACGACACUGGUCGCUCGAAAGGGUUUGGGUUUGUCAACUUUGAGAAGCACGAAGAAGCCCAGAAGGCUGUGGCAGACAUGAAUGGGAAGCAGAUCAAUGGCCGGAUGGUGUUCGUUGGCCGAGCUCAGAAGAGGAUGGAGCGUCAGAGUGAACUGAAGCGUAAAUUUGAACAGAUCAAACAGGAAAGAGUGAGCAGAUACCAGGGGGUGAAUUUAUAUGUGAAGAACCUGGAUGAUGGUAUUGAUGAUGAGCGGCUGAGAAAGGAGUUCUCUCCAUAUGGUACCAUUACUAGUGCAAAGGUGAUGACAGAGGGUGGACACAGCAAAGGGUUUGGGUUUGUAUGUUUUUCCUCCCCAGAAGAGGCUACCAAGGCCGUGACGGAAAUGAAUGGACGGAUCGUCAGCACCAAGCCUUUGUAUGUUGCCCUUGCUCAAAGAAAGGAGGAAAGAAAAGCGAUUCUCACCAACCAGUAUAUGCAGAGACUGGCCACCAUGAGGGCCCUGCCUGGCCCUCUCCUUGGCUCCUUCCAGGCACCCACAGGGUACUUCUUGCCUGCCAUCCCACAGCCACAAACCAGAGCUACUUUCUACAGUCCUAGCCCAGUUGCCCCAGUCCGUCCUGCCCCUCGGUGGAGCACACAGCCCUCCAGGCCUCCCUCAGCCUACCACACGGCUACUCCAAUCCUGAGGGCUGCAGCUCCACCCAGGCGCCUGCUAUCCAACAUCAGCACCAUGCGACAGGCAUCUACCCAGGUGCCCCGAGUGCCACCGCAUGCCCAGAGAGUGGCCAACAUAGGGACCCAGACGCUUGGUGCCCGUGCACCCACCUCACCAUCCCUGCUGCGGGGCGUGCCACAGUAUAAGUACUCCUCAGCAGUGAGGAACAUCCAGCCGAUGGGAAGCGUGGCACCUAUGCUGGUACAGCAGGCUGGAGAACCUGCUGUUCAUAUUCAUGGGCAGGAGCCUCUGACUGCAUCCAUGCUCGCUGCAGCUCCCCCUCAGGAGCAGAAGCAAAUGCUAGGUGAACGCCUUUACCCCCUAAUCCAUGCCAUGCAUGCCUCCUUGGCUGGGAAGAUCACAGGAAUGCUGCUAGAGAUUGAUAACUCGGAGCUGCUGCUUAUGCUGGAAUCACCAGAAUCCCUCCACUCCAAGAUCGAGGAAGCGGUUGCAGUGCUCCAAGCACACCAGGCUACCGAAUCAUCGCUUAACAGCAGUGCUGCAACAUUUCUCCUAUGAGACCCAGAGGAGGGACUGUGAAGAACGCUUGGCUCAGAAGAUAAAGCAACUACAACCCUGACAUGCAUCACCACAUAUAUUGGAAGCAUUUAUUUAUUUUUUCUGUGUAUAGACAGUGACACUGACUUGCAUUCAAAGCCCAGCGUUACUUUUUCUUUGUGCAUCUAAAACUUUGCAAAAUGAUUUUUCUCCAUAAAUGAACUGUAUGUAACACUGUCCCUGUGAGCUCUCUUCUGACAAUCCUCACUGCUGAGUGCAGGUAGUGAAAAUGUUAACAAGGAGGCAUGUGGUAGAAUGACCACCUCUCCUUGUGAGUGGCGAGGAGGGAGACACGAUUGGUUCAGUUGUAGUGUUCCAUGAGAUGACAAAUCAUCAGAGCUUGUCAUUUUUAGUAAAUUCUUUUGGGUUCUGUAAUGUUAUAUUUGUUCCUGUGGUUGACACCAUAAACAGCUGAUACAUCCACCCUCA